AUGGCCGAUGACGUCACCGUUAAGAACAUUGACGUCACGAAAUUAUGCGGUAACCCACGUGACCGCAUCUACCAUCCGUCAAUUUCAUGUGAAGGUCAAAUUUUAGAGGUCACAUGUCUGAAGGGGUCAAGGUCCAUUUCGAGGUACGUCAUCGUCACCACGUCAGCCAACGUUUUGCCGGAAGUUACGUCUUGCACUAUUCCCAUGAGUGAGGUUGAGGUUUACGGAGAACCAACGUUGAAACGACUGCAACACAUCGGCUGCUUCAAGCGCUUCAAGACGACCUCGCAGUCUGGCGUGACGUCGAUUGCAGACUGCCAACUGAACUGUCGCAAGCAGGGUAGCAGCGUGCUAGCUAUGAAGAAUGGCGUAGAAUGUCAUUGUGGUGAGAGGGCGGAUGUCCCCGUGACGUCAUCAAAGUGUGACGUCAUUUGUCCCAGGGUCGAAAAGUUUUGCGGGGGCACUCAAUACUAUUCCGUCUAUGCGGAAGCUAUAAAUAAAGUUUCUCUGAUUGGCUGUUUUGAUGGGAGCGGGACCAUAGUGGGCGGUCUUUCGUUUAUGAUUGACGUUGACGGUUCGUUUUCUGCUUGCAUGUUGUAUUGCAAGGUCACCAGUACAACGUUCUUUGCAAUACUGAACGGCACUCGGUGUAUUUGCACCAGCACCUUAUCAGAAAACCACCAGACACCGAAUUCAAAAUGCCACAUCAGAUGCAAUGACGACGCUAGUAGGCCAUGCGGUGGACCGAAUGUGUACAGUUUAUACUCACUGCUCGGAAGGUAUACGUACGCAAGGCAGACGACGACAUAUCACUUCUGUAUGAAUAAUGACAACAGAAAUUCGACAAACAACAACAACUACAACAACAACAACAACAACAAUAAUAACAGUAAUUGUCUGCCCGGCCAAUGUGAAUCUGGUUGGAUGGGAUUGAUGUGUGAUAUUAGAGACAAGAGCAGCGACUACAUCGGCUGCUAUGCGAAAAUCCUCUACGGUGCCGUCGCGUUCGUCAAAUCUGUCGCCGAGUGUCGAGCGUUUUGCGACGCGCGCGCAAAUUCGCACAUGAUCGCUUUAUCCGGCGGGAAAGAAUGUUAUUGCGUGGAUGAAGCUGAUCAAGCAGUGGAGACCUCGAACUGUCGGUUGAAAUGUGUGAACGGUGGGGAGAUGUGUGGUGGAGAUUCGCAUUACGCACUCUACUCAAUAAAAACAGCUCCUAAUUUCACUGACGUACAAUUCAGUGGGGGGAAGUAUGCCGGUGAGAUAGUGACAUUUGAAGGGAGAGGGGUCCUGACUAUUGGAAUGUGUCUGCAGGCCUGUUUUGAAACCAAUCAUUCCGUAGCUUACAUAUCUGUAUGUGUCUCGUUACGUUGGGUCUCGCUAUGUGUCUCGUUUCACGUCUCGAUAGGUGUCACGUUACGUUAUGGGUCUCGUUAUGUGUCUCGUUAUGUUAUGGGUCUCGAUAGGUGUCUCGUUACGUUAUGUGUCUCGUUUCAUGUCUCGUUAUGUCUCGGUAUAAUUGUCAUUUCUAUCACUUUCGAUCAUGCCAGGAUGGAUACAGAUGCCACUGCCAGCAAAAACCCCAGUCCGCCUGUAGCCCACCACAUUACGACAUUGCCAAAGUGGAAAAUUGUUACAUGCGUUGUCAUGGCAACGAUCAACAGAGAUGUGGCGGAAAUCGAUUGUGUAGCGCCAAAUAUUUGA